AUUGUCAACCGCAGAAUUUCGCACCAAUUUCGAAGCAGAUGUGCUGACACCGCAAAUGACCUUCCACUUCCGGUGCUCUCGUUCUUGGCCUUCCGUAAUUGAUGAGAUCACGCACCCUUCUGCACUCCACUUAUGCUGCUCCAGUUCGCAUUGAUCGCAAUAUGUAGACGUAACAUGUUCAGAGCACCAGUCAUCGUCGUCUCCGUCGUCAUUGGUGAUGAAUCGCCUUCUCUAGGAAGACCAGUACGUGACCGUAGAGAAGGCGUGUGCAUCGAGAGGCAGUCGGGAAACCCCCGGUCCCCGAUCACGUCAUGAUCGUUUUGAUGACGUCGAUCACUUGCACUUCCAUGACGGACUCUCUAAUUUCUGAUUGUGCUAUCUCUCGGGUGCGCGCGUUUUUGCUGACUUCUGUGUGCCGAGAGUAACUGAGAGCAUUACAAUCGAAGAGAACUUCUCUGAGCUGAGAGCUUGCGGCUAGAGAAACGUUAUCGCGUGGGCUUCUCGAAAUCACGUGCGCGAUUGUAAACAGAGAAGCAUGCUUUUUAGACCGCUGACUCAGAGCGUGAAUGAAUAAGUUGUCCACAAAUGGCAUCAUGUAGGUAUGGUGUUCUGCUGCCCGCGGUUCUGGCUUGUUACGUAGUUGCGCGGAAGGUAGUUAGAGCGUGUUUUGAUAACGUAAUCACAGCCAGCACGGAAUGGCACGGAAAAUGGAUCGAAUAUCGCAACCAGCCGAGCCGUCCGGUAGUCCUUUCAUAGGUGGGAACACCGAAUUUACAGUUCCCGGUAGAUUUCGGAACUUAUUCCCGAUUGGAAUUGGCGCCCAAGGUGCUGUAUGUGGAGCGAUCGAUUUUGACACCGGAAUGCCAAUAGCGAUCAAAAAACUUUCCCGACCAUUCCAGGAUGUAACGAAUGCCAAGCGAGCCUACAGGGAAAUCAAACUGAUGCGAUUAGUUGAUCAUCCAUUCGUUAUCAAACUAUUGUACGCAUAUUCACCACAAACCACGCUGCAAUCAUUCCGCGACAUUUACCUCUUCACCGAACGCAUGGACGCUAACCUGAGCAACGUGAUCGGUAACCAGCUUGAUCACGAGCGGCUGUCCUUUUUGGUCUACCAGAUGCUGUGUGGCAUAAAGUAUCUCCACUCGGCGGGCAUUAUUCACCGUGACCUGAAGCCGACCAACAUCGUCGUACGAGCGGAUUGUUCACUUAAAAUCCUUGACUUUGGCCUGGCUCGAUCUGUUCAGAACAGUUUCAUGAUGACUCAGUACGUGGUUACGCGGUACUACCGAGCGCCGGAGGUCAUCGUUAACAUGGACUACGAUACUCGAGUAGAUAUUUGGGCGAUAGGAUGCAUCAUGGCUGAGCUCAUCACCGGACGGGUUCUCUUUCCGGGAACCGAUUAUAUGGAUCAGUGGAAUCGAAUAAUCACCACACUGGGAAUGCCAUCAUCCGAUUUCAUUUCGCGAACAACUCUGUCGACGCAAGGCUACAUCAAAAAGACGUUACCCGGAAACAGUAGAGUGCAGUUCGAACAGCUUUUUCCCGACUCAGCUUUUCUGAUCAUCGAAGGUUCCAACAAUGCCGAACUGAACAACGAUAACGCGCGGAGUAUACUGCAACGGAUGCUGGAAAUCGACCCGCUCGAACGAAUCUCAGUGGAGGAUGCGCUGGCGCAUCCCUACAUUAGUUUGUGGUGCAACGAUGAUGAAGUGAACCGCCCUGCGCCGGUUCCGUACGAUCAUUCUCUCGAUCAGCAAGAGUUAACCAUCGAACAGUGGAAGGAGCUGCUGUUUCAAGAGAUUCGGGAUAUCCAGAGUGAGACGCUUGGUACGACGGACGCUGGCAACUGACGAAUGGAUUGGCGCCGCUGGAAAAGACAGCAUUUUAGGUUGUUAAUUAUUAAGGAGAUUAUAUGUGGAUUUUAUCUGUUGUUAGGUAGAUUACUUCUAGGCUAUCAGGUAAUGACAACCAGGAUGCUGGUUUACAUUAUAGCUAAUUUUAUUUCAGAGAUACGUACAAAUAUUAAGUUUAAUUAUUGUAUUUUGAUAGAGAAACAAUCUUAAUAAUUGACGCUUUCCUAGAAAUGAGCUGUGAUUACAAUUUUCACUGUACGAAUUAAAGACUUCGCCAUAGUCAUCACAGUUCUCGAAGUAAGAUCUAAAUAGGACCAGUAUUGCAAACUGUAUUUUCUUUGGUUAGAUUGCGUCAAAAGUUUAUCGUUAAACUUUACAAUCAAUUUCAACUAUGAAAUUCAAACUGUUAUGAGUCACUUAUAUUUUAUAUUUCGAUUCGGUUCAGUCAGUCUGGUCAAAAUUAAGCUCGUAUCGAAUUGUGUAUUUGAUCAAAACUAUAUUGAAAUUAGCAGACA